UCCAACAUGUCGGUGUGCGGCAGAAUGAGGAUGUCACCCUCAGCUCUUUGGGGAUUUAAAUGUAUUUUCGCUGCUCGGUUUUCCUCCCGGAGGAUCUUAGCGUGUCUGCCGGGGCUCCGCGGGAGAGGUUACUCAGUGGAGGCUCAGCAGCAGCAGCAGGUGUUGGAUGAGAGGCCUCGGGGCCCUCAGGAUCUCUACAGCGGGCCCCUGGACCACUACACCUCCAUUAUCAGAGAGGGAGCCCUGAAGGAGGAUGAGCACCAGAGAGCUGUGAUGCUGACCCUGGAUCAGCUGCACCAAACACUCAGAGGAUACAGCAACACACACACAUCCCUCUUCUCCAGGACUUGUAUAAGAACGGGCUGCAGAGGGUCAACUUCGUGCCGUUUAUAGCCGUGCUGCAGAGGUAUUGCCAAACUCUCCGCCUGGAUUCGGGGAUAGAUUACCGCCGGAGGAACCGACCGUCCGCUGGAAAACUCUACUUCCUCUCCAGUGAGCCGGACGUCGAGAAGACUUUGGACAAGAAGUUUGAUGAGAUGGCUUUCAAACAGAACGACAUAACGCGGCCCAGGAUGAUGAACGUGAACAACAGGAAGGUGCGUCUGGAGAAAGCGUGUGGGAGCAUCGCUGACUGCAGCUUCGAGGAGCUGUGUGACCGACCUCUGGGAGCCAGUGACUACCUGGAGGUCUCUCGUCUGUUCGACACUCUCUUCAUCAGAAACAUUCCCCUGCUGACGCUCAACAAGAAGGCCCAGGCCCGAAGACUCAUCACUCUGGUGGACGCUCUGUACGACCACAAGGUGAGGGUUGUGAUUCUGGCGGAUCAUCCUCUGGAGGAGCUGUUUGUUCUCGACGGAGAGCACGGACAGGACGAGAGCAACAUCCUGAUGGACGACCUGGGGCUCCGGAGGGAUGAAGCCAGCAGCCUGUCGAUCUUCAGCGGCUCCGAGGAGAUGUUCGCCUUCCAGAGGACGGUCUCCAGACUGACGGAGAUGCAGACGGAGGAAUACUGGACCCAGGGAGACCGGAGCGCCAAAUCCAAGGUGUAACGCUUCAAAGGACACAAACAAAGGAUCCAUGCUGACCCUCACUCCUCCUGCAACUCGGUGCUAACGCCGCACACACAGUAUUCAUUCAAGACUUUCAUUUUGAAAAGCACUUUGUAAAACAGACUUCAUGAAGCGGUCCAACUUUAUUGACUUGUAUACUUCUGUACGGAAGACUUUAUGAGGAUUUGAAGGACACUUGAAUCUCCUCUCAUGGACAUACGAUGCAUCUCGACGAGUGGUUUGAGACUUCCAGUUAUCUCUCUUUGAAGUGAAACAAUAACUACGCCUUCUUUACAGGAAGAAGAUAAAGAAGUGUUAUUUAUGCAGACGGACGGUGAUUACAUCGAGCUGACGAUCCAAAGCGACGUCUAAGUGCAAUAAACCACAACGAGUCAAACUAAGGACAACAACAACAACAACAACAACAGUGCUGACAUGUUUACUACGAACAAGCCAGACCAUAAUAAGUACUGACGCAUGCGUUUUGUGGGGAUUAUUGGCCAAGAUAUAAGAAACAGGGGUCUUUAGUUUGAUCUGAAUAUAGGUAGACUCUCUGCUGUCCUGAUAUCAGAGGGAACUACGGAGGACACUUCAGAGGACCUGACAAAGUGUGUCUUUUGUUAUAUUUAAUAAAGAAAGUUAAUAUAAA